AUGUCGACCAUUGAGAAGCUCUCUAUUCAAGGUGUACGCAGCUUUGGCGUUAAUGCUGAAGAUAUGCAAAGUAUCACCUUCUCGUCGCCUAUUACGCUGAUUCUGGGUCAAAACGGUUGUGGCAAGACAACAAUUAUUGAAUGCCUAAAAUAUGCCCUCACUGGCGAGUAUCCGCCCGGCAGCAGCAGCGGAAAGAACUUCGUGCACGAUCCCAAUAUAUUUGACAAAAAUGAGUCGUUGGCCCAGGUGAAAAUGCUAGUGCGGGACCGUCGGAAUGUCCAGAUGUCCAUUUGCCGCAGCAUGAAGGUUACCAAAGUUAGGAACGGUCUUACCUUUAAGACUAUAGAUUCGACGAUAAAUUUUCUGGGCAGCGAUGGGAAGCCGUCAAAGAACAGCCAAGAGUCGAUGAGCUCCCGCGUCAUCAAUACGGACAUGGCUGUUAGCGAUUUCAUGGGCGUGUCCAAGGCAAUAAUAAACAGUGUACUAUUUUGCCAUCAAGAGGACUCCAGCUGGCCACUGGAUGAGCCCAAAAAGCUGAAGGAGAAGUUCGAUGCGAUCUUUGGCAUAACGGAGUACAACAAAGCACUCGACAGGAUCAUCAAGUUGCGAAAGACAGCCGUGGAGGAGCUCAAAGUAAUGAAUGCAAACUUGAAGCUCUUGGAGCACUUCAAGAAAGAAAUGGACGAGAAGACGAUGAGUCUGCAGAAUGCGCAGCGUAAAUGUGAGGAAAUCAAGGAGGAGUGCAUCAAAUGUGAUGAGGAAGUAAAGCCAAUUGAUGCAAGACUGAAGGAAAUACGGAAUAUUGAAUUCGAAAUUGGGGAAUAUCAAGCAGAAAAAGUCAAAGUGGAUACCAAGCACCAAAGUUGUGUGGAGCAAAUAGCCAAGCUAAAUAGACAGAUAAAGACGCCAUUUGAGGGCUCUCUCGUGGAACUGGAAGCAGAGAUACGAAGCUUCAGUCAGCGAAUGUCGGAAAUAAAAUAUCAACUUACUGAUGUCGAGGAUCAACUUCUGCAAAAUCGUAAAACGAAGGAAGAUCAGCAGAAAACACUGGCCAAGCAGGAUAAGGAACGCUACGUGGCACAGCAGAAGCUGAAGAGCGAGCAGGAAUGCAAGCUGGAGCUCUCGCGGCACAUUCAGACUUUGAGCGCUCAACUGCAAAUCAAUGUGAAGCCAUCAGUCGUGGAUAAUCCACAGGAAUUAAUUGAUCUUCUGGAUGACAUCGAUGGGAAUCUUAUGGCCAAGCAGUGUGAAAUCACAGAACUGUCACAGAGCAAUGAUCAGGCGGAUCAAGCGCGUCAGGAAAAAAUCGAUGAGCUGCGCAACGAGCUAACCAAAUCGGAGCAGAGCAUAAAAACACAGGAGAAGCAAAAGGCGGACACCGAGCGAGAUAUCGAAUCACUGGAGAUGAAUAUCAAACAAAUCGAAACUUCGCAACAGCAGCUCAAAGUACUCGAGAAGCAAAUCGCUGACACAAAUGAAAAAUACGAGCAUUCCACGCGCAACUUCAAUCAGGAGGCAUGUCGUAAGGUUAUAGCUAGCAAAAAGGAAAACAGAGACAAGAAACAGGCGCAGUUUAAGCAGCUCGACGAUCAGCUCACAUUCCUCAGCUCCAUCGCCAAUGUGAAGACUGAGAUCGGACUCAAGGAGAAAGAGCUGGAGAAGAAGAACCAUGAGAUACAACGUGUGCGCAGCAAACACGGCGAUAAUUUGAACAAAUUUUUCAAGGAAUCAAUAUCAAGCAAUUAUCGUCGGGCCAUGCAAAAUGAAUACGAUAAGCUACGGCGUGAGAUUGAUGAAUUGAACGUGGAUGCCAAUGGUAAAAAUUUGGCAAAACAAUCACAUGAGAUCAAGCGCAAGAACCUAAUUGAAGAAAUCGCGCGCAUGGAGAAGGAAGUGCAGGACUCUGAGGAGCGCAUUUAUCAAAAGUGCCACGGCAUGCCCUAUGAUGAGCUGCUGCUGCGCAGCAAGACAGCUAUAGCCAAGCUACAGCUGGAGCAUGGAGCACUCAAGUCUGCCGAGGCCAUGUACAAGAAGUAUAUACAGAAAAUAGAGGAGGAGCCCAGCUGUCCGUUGUGUCACCACAAUAUGUCAGGGGAUGAGGCCUGCGAUUUGACUACCGAGUUGACGGAUGAAAUACAAAAGUUGCCGGACAACAUAAGCCGCACCGAAAAAUCCCUAAAGACAGAGCAAUCGAAGUAUGAGCAGCUACUGCAGAUCAAGCCAACCAUUGACAAAGUUAAGGAGCUGAAGGAGAAGCUGCCCAAGAAGAAGGAGGAGCUGCGCACCAUCGAACAAAGUUUGGGUGAUAUAGUCAGCGAAUAUGAGACGCUAAUGGCUCGACUAGGCGAGCCGACGCACAAUAUGGACUUGGCCAAUUCGAUGCUGGGCGAUAUGACGCUGCUAGAUGAGGCGCUGAAGGAAUCUGUGCGCGUUAAAAAGGAUCUAGAACAGCUAAAACUUAAAUUGCCAGAGAACUAUGAUGCCAGCGUCUCCAUAGAAGAUUUGCAAAAGCAAAAGGCUGAGGUGUCCAAAGAGUUAGAGGCUGAGUCCAAAGCGCUGGAGACCAGUCAGCAAGCAUUCGAGAAGCAAGUGGAGGCACUAAGCCGCUUGCGUGAAUUUCUAAAUGGCCUAAAGGACAAACGUAUAAAUCUCCAAGAGGGCGUGCAGAACCUACCCCAAUUGAAGGAACGUUUGGACAAGCUAACACGCCUGGUCAUUGCUAUUGGCAUGGAAGUAACAGAGCUCCGAUCAAAGCUGCAGCCGAUCAAGCAGAAACUAGGCGCAGCCUUAAGCGAAAAGGCGCGGUUGAAAGAAAUGGAGCGUGUUAAGCUGGAGCAAUUGCAGGCUAAAUAUAUGGAAUACAAAAGCAUCGAUAAGGAUAUACAAAGAUUGAAUGAACAGGCGCAGGAGUUUGCCAAGCUGGAUCUAGUGAAUGCCAUCAAAAAAUACGAUGCUUCCAUCAACGCAACCAAAGAGGAGAUCAGCAAUUUGGAUACACAAAUCAACGAAAAAAACGAAGAGCUGGAAGCCAUUAAGAAGAAAUGCUUUGAUCAACAGGCUCUGGAGCGCGAUCUAAAGGACAAUCGAGAGUUAAAGCAGCUGCAGCUGAAGGAAAGCGCAUUAAGUGAAGAUUGUAAGAGGCUAGCAAAGCAAUUGGGAAAUCUAGAUUUCCGCAGCGUCACAAAGGAGAAGAACGAGCUGAUAAGGAAACGUGAUGUGGCCACCGUGCGACGUGGCGAGCUGCUCGGGCAGCAGGGCGAAAUUAACAAUCAAGUGAAUAAGCUCCAGAAAGAGAUGGCUGAGCCGAGGUAUAAGGAGUCCAUGAAGAACUAUAUGAGAGCCAAGUUCGAGGUGGCUGUGAAGCAGUGUGGCAUCGAAGACCUGGGCCGACAUCGCCAGGCCUUGGAUUGGGCGCUGAUUGAGUUUCACAAGGAGAAAAUGAAUAACAUAAACAGCUUGAUACGGGAGUAUUGGCGCAUGAUCUAUCGUGGCAACGAUAUUGAUUAUAUACAGAUUAAAACCGAUGACAGUGCAACUGAUACAUCGGCCGAUCGCCGCAAGAACUAUAACUAUUGUGUGGUCCAAUCGAAGAAUAACUCCGUGAUUGAUAUGCGUGGCCGAUGCAGUGCAGGACAACGUGUCCUGGGCUCACUCAUCAUUCGUAUGGCCCUGGCGGAGACUUUUAGCAGCAACUGCGGUGUCCUGGCCUUGGAUGAGCCCACCACAAAUCUGGAUCGUGAUAAUAUAAUGUCAUUAUGUGAUGCACUCAAUCGCAUCGUCGAAAGUCGCCAGCAUCAAUCGAAUUUCAUGCUCAUCAUAAUUACGCACGACGAGAAUUUCAUCUCGUCGCUGGGCAAAAUAACAGAUUACCAUCGAGUGUAUCGCAACUCUGAAUGCAAAUCGGUGAUACAAAAAGUUCGAGUCGAUGGGGGUCACUAAACUAGAC